AUAAGUUGUCCAAGCUGUUGUUAGCUCUGUUGAUUUCAUUUUGCUAUCCCGUCUUGUUCUAGAAAUGUCGAUGACAAGUCUAUAUUGACCUUUGAGCGUUCAAAAGUAGAACGAAGCUGGCAUUUUGUUUGAUAAGGAAACCGGAUAUGACUUUGUAACGUGAAUAGAAAGAACGUCUCGCGUGGAUAGUAAAGCGAGUUUUUGAUCAACUAGCUAGCGAGUUAGCAAUACAGCUCCACUCCGUGCGCUGCUCAUGAUCUCUUUCCCCUCCGUUUACCUCUUCCUUGGGUUUCACACUCUGUUAUAAGGCUUCUCUGGGGGAGAAUGAACUGGUUUUUUCCCCAGUCUAAAGGCUCCGGACCGCUCCCUCUUAACAGCCUACAGCAACAAAAACAGCGGCAGAUCGAGUCUCUGAAAGCUGCUCAUCCCAGCCUUGCAGAGAUCCAGAAAGAUGUUGAAUACAGAAUACCUUUCACAGUCAACAACUCCACCAUUAGUGUUAACGUAUUGCUGCCUCUUCAGUUCCCUCAGGACAAGCCGGUUGUUACUGUUUACCCCCCUGUUGGUCAUCAUUUAGUAGACAGUAAUAAUGGCACCAUGAUUACUAGCCCCCUUAUCACUAAUUUUGGGAUGCACUCAGAUCUGGGUAAGGUCAUUCAGAGUCUACUGGAUGAGUUCUGGAAAAGUCCACCUGCCUUGAUGUCCUCUGGACCUGCAGGCUUUCCGUUUAGUAUGUACAAGCCAUCAGGUAUCCCUCCUUACUCCUCCCAAGCUUUCCAUUAUGGUCCUCGCCAUGUUGGUCCCAGUCAGACACCGCCUUCAGGUUCAGGUCCAACUCCAUCCCCCGCCCCCAUGACACACCCAGGGGUGGACAUUGCUCAUGGGCCCCCUCGAGCUCCUGCGUAUGGACUGUUAACUGACCUGGCAGUACCUGUGCCUACUGCAGACUCACAGGCGGGGCUGAAUGGACACACGUACAAGAUGCCAGAGAUUCCCGAGUCUUUUUCUGAACUCUGUGACAUGAAUUUGACGCAGUUGUCUGAGAUGUCUGAAAAUGAGGAUGUGUUGCUGGAGUUCUUCGUGGGUCUGCCACAACUCAAACAAGUUGCCAGUGAUAAAGAAGAAUUCAUCACCAGUAUAGUGGAGAUGGCUAAGAAAAACCUUCAGAUGGAGCCACAGCUGGAAGGAAAAAGACAAGAGAUGCUCUACAAGUAUGAACAGCUGACUCAGAUGAAGUCGGCCUUUGAGAUAAAGAUGCAGAGGCAGCAUGAACUCAGUGAGAGUUGCAGUCUGAGCACUCUACAGGCUCGGUUAAAAGUUGCAGCCCACCAGGCUGAGGAGGAGUCGGAGGAGACGGCUGAAAACUUUCUCGAGGGACGCAUCGACAUCGACGAAUUCUUGACAAACUUUAUGGAAAAACGAACGGUUUGCCACAGCAGAAGGGCCAAAGAGGAGAAGUUACAACAGUCUAUAAACACACAUGGACAGUUUCCUCCCAGCCACUAAAACACGGGGUUUGGUGUUUUUCAGCAAACUGCUGCCAACUGAUAAAAGACUUUACAGGAGUUGAAAGCACACAGAGUCAACGACGGGCACUUUGAAGAAACGGCAAGAUGGUGACGGCAAAGUGGGAUUAAAAAAAAAAUCAAAUUUCAUUAUACGAGGCCAAAAGUGGGAGAAUAGGAAAACCCAGUCCCGUUACUAAUCGAACACAUUGUGGAUAAUUCUCCUUGAGCUUUGUGUU